CCGAGAGUGUCAUAUAAAAGACGCUGUUGCGGUGGUCCGUCUAUUUCGUUGGCUGCACAAUGAAAUCGAUAGCGGGAAGAAUGUCACUGAGAUACAGGCCGCAAAACAAUUGCUUCACUAUAGAAGUCAAGAGAGCGGUUUCAUGGGGCCAUCAUUUGAAACGAUAUCAGCUGCUGGUGAAAAUGGUGCCAUCAUACAUUACACCCCUAGCGAAAAAGGUGAACAGAAACUGAUUAAAAAGGACCAUAUGUAUUUAUUGGACUCCGGCGGACAGUACUACGAUGGAACAACAGAUAUUACUCGCACACGCCAUAUGGGUGGCAACCCGACAAAAGAGCAAAAGAUUGCGUUUACAAGGGUGCUCAAGGGUCAGAUUAUGCUCGCUACCUCGCUGUUUCCCCAGGGAGUCAAGGGCAACGUCCUAGAUAGCUUCGCACGUCGCGCCCUCUGGGAUGUUGGCCUUGACUACGCACACGGCACGGGUCACGGCGUGGGACACAUGCUUAACGUGCACGAGGGGCCCGCGGGCGUGUCUUGGAGGCCUUAUCCACACGACCCCGGUCUUAAACCUGGACAGAUUCUUAGCAAUGAGCCGGGGUACUAUAAAGUCGGGGAAUUCGGCAUCCGACACGAGGAUCUGGUGGAGACGAUAGCCAUCACCAAGAAGUCGGACCACCCUAAGGCGGCAAAUCUGAUAGGCGACUUCGAUGGCCGCGGAGUUCUCGGAUUCAACACUAUCACACUUGUGCCUCAUCAAAAGGAGUGCAUUGAUGUUAGUCUCCUCGACAACUUUGAGCUGAACUACCUAAACAACUACCACAAGCGUGUCCUGGUGAUGGUGAGCACGGCGUUGAAAGCUCGCAACCUCACCGAGGACAUUGUAUGGCUGGUGGACCAGUGUAAACCGCUGUGCAGGAACAUGAGACGUGAAUGCCUCCCAGAUGCGUCACUUUGCACCGGCAGAAGCAGGACACUUCCGCACUGCCCAGCUCCUCCGCGUGCCAGCACUCCUCCACGCACCAGCACUUCUCCGCGUACCAGCACUCCUCCGCGUACCAGCACUUCUCCGCGUACCAGCACUCCGUAACUGUUCACCACGCCGUUGUUAUUUAUAUUAUUUUUUUUACACAAUUUGUAUUGUACCGAAAAGCU